AUGAUGAAUCCUUGGUUUCUUUGGAGUGUUGUCUCCAACACAGCAAGACUGUCAACUGCUUUACAGAUUCUGAUAUUUCUUCCUUUAACGCUAGCGACCCUCUCCAGACAGGCUUUUCUUCUCUUGUCUCUCCUCCUAUGCAUCCACUCUCUCAUCCACGGGACCAUGAUUCUUCUUUGGGGGUCGCAAGCAUUGUCAGUCCUCCAAGUACCAAUGCACCCAUUUCUACUCCUUGUUUGCUUCAAUGUCUUUUCUUCGUCUGUCAACCCCUGGCUCCUAUCUGCCGCAGACUGGUGGGGCACCGCCCUCACGUUUUCUGGCCCACUUUUCAUCACCAUGGAAGGCCUGUCAAGUUUGCUCGUUGUUCAGAAGCUUGGGCAAGAAGGGAAGCGGCUAGUCGGUAGAGGGGAGGUGUAUCAGUUUGGGUUUCUGAUUGCGACAGCCGUCGCUUACGUGGCUUCUGCAUGGUGGAUUGUCGUCUCAUACCCAACUGCCGCUGCAUCACCCUUGUCGUCAACCCUGCUAGGAGUGGCUAUCACCGCUUUCCUUUUCCUUACUUUCAUUGGCUUCGUUUUGCGGCGGACAAACAUCAUCGAGUCAUCUGGGCUCGCUGUCUUCAUUGCCUAUAAUGUCUGGCUUUGUGGUUUUGACCAAAAGUCUUUUACGGACCCAGCAUCCUCGUAUGCCCCCCUUCUCCCUAACAUCCUUCCUCAUUUCCAGACCCUCCUGAACUUUGUCAUAAACACACUUCCGAAGCCGGUUCUCAUCGCACUACUUUACCGCUUGACGAUAUUGCAGCUUGCUUCUCGUAUACUUCCUACCAUCGGUGCCGACAGCUGGGAAUCCGAAGAAGGGGUGGACAAUGGCUGGGACGAUAGACCGGUAAUCUCUCUCAGCCGAGAGUGUCUGAGCUUUGCUGAUCAGCACACCCAGACGUCAACUCUUACUCGGAUCUUGCUGACCUAUCGUCAGUCGAUAUUCAUCACCGUAUAUUCCCAUCUCCUUCUUCUCGAUCAUUCUUCACAAAUCUGGUGGCGGUGGAUGAAUAUAUUCUUCACCCUCGUGAUUUGGUCUGUCGAGCUGCUAGUGAGCUCUGAAGAUGACGGGGUUACGAAAGAAUGGAAGGUCGAUUAA